GAUCCCAAUCCCAACCGUCGACUAUCUUAUUUCUCAAAUGUCCUUCUUGCGCUUGAGAUUUGUACCUGGCAAAUUAUAUCCUAAACAACUUACGUCUUAUACUACCCGUCCGUUCCCAGCAGUAAAUAUCCGGAAGAUGUCUUCAGCAGCAGCACCAGCAGAGAAGUUUGAGUGGUUGGUUGUGUUACCUGAUAAUGAAGGGGCGCUGGAGAGAAGAGUCAGUGUUAGACCCAAGCAUUUUGAAGGUCUGAAGACCGGUCUUGAAUCUGGGUUCUGGAAGAUGGGUGGCGCCUUUCUCUCCGAGCCGCCAACCGGUGACUCUCCAUUAAAGUUCCAAGGAAGUUGCAUGAUCGCUCUUGCCAGUAGCAAGGAGGAAGUCAUUGAGGUAUUGAAGAAGGAUAUUUAUGCCGAAAAUGAUGUUUGGGAUUUCAGCAAGAUCCAAAUUUAUCCCUUCAAGUGCGCAUUCAGGAAGGAAGCGUAAAGAGUUGGAGGUUGUUUUCAGCUAGUGCAAGUCAUUUUUGGAAUUCUUUUUGAUCGAGCGUAAUACCAAUGCUUGGGACAAAAGAUGAUGUUCGUGAUAUAGUCAAUGAAUCAAUCAUCUAUCACAUUUGUUUCAUGCCCUCCUAUCUGUUUUGAAGUCGCAAACAUCAAAACUACUUUAGGAUCUUCACCCUUGGGACAUGUCAUGUAUUCAUACUUUGUGAAUGGGAACGGUAUGGGUAUCACAUUGCAAAUGUUCUGGGCCAAGUUCUUCUGUUUUAGAAUAAUCUCGACGAUUGAGGCUGAAUAGUGCGGCGACAGAAAAAAGAUUUAACAUAGAACCAG